CCUUUUACCUGUACGGUAAAACAGUCAAAAAUUUGGAUCAAGGGAGCAAAACGGGGAUUCUUUUAUUUUUUAGGAUGAAACACUGCGUAAUGGUUGCCUCGUGUUUCAUCUGACGGGGACAGACCCCAUCUGGUGAAUGUUUCCUGCCGCAAAGUGUGUCCACAUCUCGCCGGUCCGAGACGCAGGAGGAGGAACCAUGAUCGACCUGAGCCACCUUACGGAGGAGGAGCAGGGGAAGAUAAUGACGGUGCUGAGGAGAGACGCCGAGCUGAAGAGGGCCGAGGAGGAGAGAAUCAGGAACCUGGAGAAAAUACUGGACAGUGGGUCACAGUCAGACGGCAAGUUGAAGUACCUGACUGGAGAGUGGUUCUACCAGGCCAAGAGUCUCCGGCACAUGGACACGAUCCACGGCUCGGAAAUCAUUCUGGCUUCCAUGAAACAGAGGAAAGAUGGGUCUCUCAGACUCGAGAAAUCCAGAACACCCAGCAGUCGAGGUUCGGGCGCCGUCGCUCCACCAAAACCUGCCAGGUGUUUGGCGACGCUGCAGCCACAAGCGAAAAAUGACGCUGAGAACGAGAAUCCAAAUUCAGCAGUCUUUUCUCCCAGAACACAGAGGCACAACCCUUUCAACCGUGCGUCCCUCAUCCCUGCUGAGCCACCUGAGACAGAGCCCAUAUCCACGCUGAAGAAUCACCCUGCAGGUGAGGCCAGUCAGACGUCUGGAGGCUCCGUCAUAUCAGAAAGUUCCUCUGUGGGUUUCAAACCAGUGCCGAAGAAGAGGACGUUCCUUUCAAGACGAGCCUCCGGCCAGUCAGAAAGUAACAACCUAGGGUUGGACGCUCAAGUAGGGUCGGCGGGGAUCGUUCCUGCUCCUCGACGAAGCAUCCAGCGUGGGUCCAGCGGGAACUCUUACCAGUCCCUCCUGAAGAGCCGAGACGAAAUGCCUCAGAAAAGUGCAGUUCCAGUGUUCAGCCGGGUGUCUCAGCCUGCUCCGUCUUCCUGCUCCGCGGAUAAAACCUCCCAGCGGCCAACGUGGGAUGCAUCGCAGGUUUCCUCGAAUGCCAUUGUCGAGAGAGAGAGACGCCCACCUUCCAUAACAAGAGACAGACCAGCCACAUACAUCAGAGGCGACGUUCCGCCUGCGAGAGACACCCGACAGAGGAGCGACGACGGAGACGAUCAGACCCACAGAGAACAUGCAGCGGUGAAUACUGUCCUCCUGAACACCAGCAGCAUUCAGGGUUCAGAAAGAGGAAUCAGCAGCAGUGAGGGAACCUCGACGAGGCAAGAGGAGCUGAGUUUGACCCAAAGCAUUGUGGAUCCGGAGCCUCCUAUAUGUUAUGAUCUCAACUUCAUUGAUAAAUCUGAUCAGCAUGCACCGAAGAAAUCAAAUCAGAAACACGCGUUCAAGUUGACCACUCAGGCGACCAGUCCCCCUGGUGACGAGGACUCCAUCGCAAAGGUGCUGGACUGGUUCGGCCGCAGCACAGCCAGCAACGAUUGGCUGAAUUCAGACAACGGCCCGGAGGCCACAAAGAGCUCCGACAAACAUGUAGAUAUCGGCGAAUUAAGAAGUGAGGAUUCAGUGCGAAAAGAGGUCACUCUUGACAUGAAGAGAAGUCACUUACAAGAGUUAAGAGCAACAGACAGAACAAGCAUCAAGGAAUCAACUGAAACACAAGAGGAGUCGCAGAAGGAUUUGAAAAAAAUCUCUAAUCUGAAGUCCUUCUGGGAGAAAAGCAACAUGGGUCCUAAAAUACAUAUCAGGAAAUCAAUCACGCCCAGCGAUGAAGCACAAAAACCUGUUCAUCUCUCAGCGGAGAGACACGAGGAGAGCGUGAAGAAACCCCACACGGGGGCCGAUGUGUCCCCUGCUAGUAGAAUACACAAUGGGAGGGGGCAUGAUAAGUACGCCUCGAGGCAUGGGGGUGAGAGUGGUCAUUUAAAUAAUAACCAGCAGGUUGACUGUCUGCUGAUGAAUACUUUAUCUCAAAGAAAUAAUUAUGACCCUACAUACAACUCAGAUUAUUUAAAGGUACAAUUUAGCCCCCAAGUGUCUGAUAGAGGCUCGGACACUGAGAUUUCAUGUUUAACCAGACUCCAGUCCAGCCCGAGUCCCGAGUCAGAGAGCUUCUCGCCGGUCAAACCAAGUCCACAACCGGACAGUAUUUCCCGAUCGAGAGAAAGCCCACGGCAGGAAGAGCUGUCCAGAACUGUGCCGGUGUCUCAGCUGGAUGAUGCCGUCCAAACAAGGGACACAUCGGACUCGGAGAAGCUCCACUUAUCCAGAAACGGCUCAUAUACGGACGACAAGCAAGGUGGGAAUGAUGUGCAAGUCGCCUCCAGAGCACAGCUUUCAAGAGGUUCAAGUGAGGACGUAAAGAGUCGGGACAGUGAUGAUAAAAAUAUACAUUUAGGAAAAGAGGAUGUGUCUAAUAAAGACAGAACUAACAGUCCCCAUGCAAAUAGACAAGGUUUACCACACCAAGAAAGUACAGCAGAGAGAAUCAAGCAGCUCAAAUCCUUCUGGGAGCAGGAGAGGUACCAGCCCAUAUUUGGCACUGGUGCAGCUAAAACUCCUGGGGACGGUAAAGUCGCUCGUGGUGCAAAUCAACUGAAUAAAAGAUUUACAAAGUCGGAGUUCGACCUGAGAUCAGUUGUAAAUAAUCCAGGCAGCGAUGGCGAAGACUCAGAUAGAUGUAAUCAUAAUUCGACUGUUCUUCCCUCGAAUCAGAGAAUAGACAAGUUGUCCCCCAGCCUCAGAACGAGCCGAACACUGUUCCACACCCUCCGCGAAUUCUGGGAUGAGGCCGCGUCAGACGCCAAAGGAUCGUUUUCGCUUGACAAACCCAAAAGCCCCAAAAGGAAAGAGCCACCAAAUGUGCAACUUCUAUCUCAGGAGUUAAAGAGCGGCGACCCUGAGGGUUACUGCUCGUCCUCCGCCGUCGAGAAAACAAGAGCGACUGUCGUGAAAUUAUCACAUCUGGGGUCAAGAGCAGGGACCGACGGCAAAAACAACCUGUCUAAUCAUACGACGGCCGAGUCCAAAAGGGGCCCCAAAGACUCUGGUAGGGAGGAGAAAUCCACGAAACCACAAAGCAGUUCAGGUAAAGAGACUCGGUCUCCUAAGAGCAGGAAAGACAACUGUGGCAAGUCAUUCAGUAGUGGGAAUUGUCUGCGUCGCGCCACGAGCAUGUUGGCUCUUAGUGUUCCGCGUGAAAAAGAUCAGGGCCAGCUUAGAAUGGACGAAAGCCCCGUCCACUCCCAGGGCAGGAAGCAAAGGCAGAACAGCGAGAAGGGCGCCGUGCCAAGAUCACCAGACAGAACCGAGUUGAUGGCUCCACGCGCACGGGCAUUUGUUCCCAGAGACUACCGACAUUACCUGGGCAUGACGGACAAGACCAGCGUCCACACCUCGCUCGCCCCGGCCGUGAAGGAGGAGGGCUCGGAGGACAGGCUCGCGUUCGACUUUGACCUGAGCGGGCCAGUGAGAGCCAGCACCCCGAUGGGUUCAGAGGAACGUUACAGCAGGAGGGGCAGCAAGACGAGCCAGCGCCCCCUGUGGGCAAACUACAGCAGUUCAGACACUGGGCAGGAGUCGUCCAUGAGCAGCACGUCAGACACCGUGUCCAUCUCCAGGAACAGUUCAAACCGUGAAAAUGAUGACGAAGGCCAGCACCCGGUGAGGAAAGCAUUGAGGCGAGCAGAAGCGUGGCCCAAGAACGUGGCUAAAAGUAUAGAGGACAUCACAUCAUCUUUGUCCCCACAGCAAGAAAGAAAACAAGACCCAACUGCCGACAACUGCCGACGCGUUAGUGAUGUGUCGUCCGUCCCGUCGCUCUCCUCCUCCUUAUGUUCGGACCCAGACCACUUGAAGAAGAUGAGCAAAUCAGUUCCUUCGUUCUUACAGAAGGAGGAUGUUGACAGGGACGCUGACUCCAGCUGUGCGGACAAUUCCCACCGAGGAAGACUAAUGAUGGGCAGCUCGAUGACUAACCUCUCCAGCAGCUCUGGCAUGGCGUCUGUGUCCCCUCUGAGUGGAAGUGUUAUGACCAUGUACAACGCGGACUUCGGGAACGUGGAGGUUCAGGGAAAUAUCCAGUUUUCCAUCAACUACAUUCAGAGGCUCAGGGAGUUUCACAUCUUCGUUGCCGAGUGCCGAGACUUGGCUGCAGUCGACCCAAAGAGGAGUCGCUCGGAUCCGUAUGUCAAAAGCUACCUGGUACCCGACAAAGCUAAUUUGGGAAAGAGGAAAACAUCUGUAAAAAAGAAGACGCUGAAUCCAACUUUCAACGAGAUCCUCAGAUAUCGUGUUCGCAUGGACUACCUCAGAACCCAGACGCUCAUUCUCUCCGUUUGGCAUCACGACACCUUUGGCAGGAACAGUUUCCUUGGCGAGGUAGACGUGGACCUCUCCAAGUGGGACUUUGACCACACCCAGAUGAACUACUUAGUCCUGAAAGCAAGGACUACACCCACUCCGCUCGCUCAAGCAAAUGGGCGAGGAGAGAUGAAACUAGCCAUACGUUUCCUGCCACAGGUCACCCACAGUGAUGGCAUGGCUAAAGACGGACCCAACGCCGGAGAGGUUCACAUAUGGGUCAAAGAAUGCAAGAACCUGCCUCUAAUCAGGGCCACCAUUGACCCAUAUGUUAAAUGCUUUGUGCUGCCGGACACGAGCAGGAAGAGUCGGCAGAAGACGCGCGUGCUGCGGAGGACGGCGGAUCCGGUGUUUAACCACACAAUGGUGUACGAUGGUAUCAGUUUGACUGACCUAACAGAAGCCUGCGUGGAGCUCACCGUGUGGGACCGAGACAGGCUCGCGAGCAACCUGCUGGGGGGCCUGAGGCUUGGAGUCGGAACAGGCAAAAGUUAUGAAGCAGCGGUGGAUUGGAUGGACUCAAGCCCCUAUGAAGUGGCCCUGUGGGAGCGCAUGAUGGCUUCCCCUGAUGAAUGGGUGGAGGACGUACUCCCAUUGCGAACGGUGAACUUAGCAAAAACUGCUUCGCAUAAGCAGAAGUAGAACAGCUGCCCCAGUGGACAGACAAUUUAUUUUUGGAAGAUAAGAACUGAAAAUUGAUUGUCUUUAAAAAUUCAGUGCACUGAUUAAAAUGCAGCCAGAUAAAAAAAUUCAUUAGGAGCACUUUCACAUGUAUGUUCAAACACCGCAGUUGAUGAAGGAAAACACCUAGUGGUUUUAAUGGUUUUAAUGGUUAAAAACCUGCACUAAAAACCUAAUAAAUAUGUAGAAAAUGACCAACAUUUAACAAAGGUGACAAAAUACAAGAAAGAGCAGAGCAUCUGUUAACUCCAAAGCCCAAUUUGAUCCUUUUUUUUUAAUACAACCCUAUAUUAUUCAUGUUUGAACAUCUUGAACCAUUAUGGUGUUUAAAUUACAGUGAAGAAUGUCUGAGUGAGGCCAUGUGAGAACAUUUUUACGGAGUUCAUGUCUAAAAACAGCUUUAGAGUGAUUGAUUAGCUUUUUAUCACUUAUUGAGUCCACAAUAAUCAGGAUUGAAAAUGUUCGGGUAAUUUUAUUUUCAAGAAUAAAAGAAAAACAAUAUUUCUGUACAUUUAAAUCAAAUCAAAUACAUUUUCAAACUCUGUAUUCAUUUUUUCUAGUAUUUCUUUGUAUUGCUGUAUUUCUCCUUCAAGUAACUGUUCUUUCAUAAAUCCUUUGUUAAGCAAUACUAAAACACUGGGUAAUGUAUUUGUAUUGCACUGGACCUUUAAGCAACCAACCCUAAGAGUAUAUAGUGUAUCUAUAUUAUGUUACCUCAAACAGCCGUCUUUUUACUUAAGUCUAUAUCUUUUGAAAACCUAAUUUCUUAGACUAACACAUAUUUUGACAGUAUUGUUACUAAUGUAAUGAACUAUUGUACUUAAAUGUAUUAACCAUUAAAGAAAUUAGAUACGGAACAAC